GCGCCUGUUCGACUCCCUUAAAAACUACAAGUCCCGGCAUGCACAAGGCGCGGUUUGUUGGAGGGUACGGGCAUGCGCUGCAGGGAGGUGGGUCGGCUCGCGGCCGAUCACACUGAUCGCCAUAACUGGGAAUCAGGGGAAGCUGGUGAAGGCGUUGGUGCCUGUUGCUGGGUGAAUCAGAAUGGGUGACAAGCCGAUCUGGGAGCAGAUAGGAUCCAGCUUUGUGCAGCAUUACUACCAAUUGUUUGACACAGACAGGACUCAACUAGGAGCAAUAUAUAUUGACGCAUCAUGCCUUACUUGGGAAGGACAGCAAUUCCAAGGAAAAGCAGCUAUUGUGGAGAAACUCUCUAGCCUUCCCUUUCAGAAGAUUGCACACAGCAUAACCGCACAAGACCACCAACCCACACCAGACAGCUGUAUAUUGAGUAUGGUAGUAGGACAACUUAAAGCUGAUGAUGACCCCAUCAUGGGAUUCCACCAGAUGUUCCUCCUGAAGAACAUCAACGAUGCCUGGGUGUGCACCAACGAUAUGUUCCGGCUUGCACUGCACAACUUCGGCUAAGGGCAGUGUGGGAGAAAGGGGGGAAGGAAACCCCCAUGUCCAUCCACGCCUCUCUUCUGAGACUAACCACCUCUACGGGUUUCCAAAUAUCAUACACAAAAAAACGCAGAAAUCCGCGACCUCUUUUACUUUGCUGAAUCGCUGCAGUCUGUGGGAAAUCCUCAACUGUUGUGCAUGAUGUUUGGAAGCUAGAUUAGCUGCAUUUGACGAUGCCAGUAUAACGCACCCCGCCUUUCUCCCCCUCUUUAUUUUUCCAGUCGUGUGUUGUUACCAGCAUGCCUUAGAGAAUAAAGUAAUACCAGGUUUUUAUUUUUUGGUUUUCAGUGUACUGACCGGUUGCUCUAGCGAUCCAAAGAACCAGUGCAUCAGCUACCUGUAGUCGACGUGAACCGUAAAUUUGACAUAAUUACAAAAGCCACGAUACACAAUAAAACCUUGACAUUUUCUUAAUAAUGGAAUUCUUUUUUUAUUUUUUAUUUGUUCCUGCGCUUGCAAUUUAACUUAUUUUUCGCAGAAUUCUGUUGAGGUUAUUUUAGCCCCCUUUCUCCCUUAGCGACAGUUAUUGAAGACUCUGGUUAGCAAGCCAUAAUAACGCCUUCAGACAAUCGACAUGCAUCCAUCCUGCAGUCACGAGCACGGACGGCUGUAUAAAACCGGGCUCAGUGACCGUUUCUGAUUGCUCUUUGCCGUGAAGCCAUAGCGGACGGAUGUUAUUUUUGAGAGAAAAAAAAGGACUCUGGUUGCAGCAGCAGUUUCUAAGGGGGAAAGCAACCCAUGUUUUUGGAAACAAUUGACAGAGUGCUAUAAUUUAUACAGUGAUUGAAUUCGUUUUCCAGUUAUUGCUUCUAUUUAUUUUCCGCUUGGUGUUAAAAGCUUAAAAAAAAAAAAAAAAAAAAAAAAAUGCUGCAUUUGUAACAGUCAACUGCUUGAUGCAGGUUAUGAAUUUGUGUUACUCACGUUUGACAGUUUUUUUUUUUUUCCCCCCCAUUUCAGAUUUUACACAAUGUUAGGUCGACCCCAUGCAGUCAGUUCUCUGCUCCUAGGUCCCACAUGUUAGGGACUGAGAUCGUGACACGUUUUUCGGUUCUCGUCACACUUUUUUUUUUUUUUUUUCCUGAUGCUGGGGUGGAAAUUUGUUGGAUUAAGGGAAGGAAGCAUGAGCCUGGAGAUACCCUAAACUGGUUCUCCAUGCGUCUUAAACCCCUAGGCUUGGUUUGUGUCUCUACAGCUCUGUGGCGGUAAAGUGCUUGCCUUUAAGAAGUUAGCAGACUGGCACCAGUUGUUAUUUCUUACAAUGGCCAUGUCUUCGUGAAGAUUUAAAUUAUUCUUAUUUUUAAUGUCGACCCAUUAUAUAAUGGAACACAGCUUUCCAUAAAGGUAGUGAUUUUUAAAAUGGACUACGCAAAGUUUCUGUUCAGAAGAUUUAGGGUGCACAUAACUCAUAUCUGGUGUGCUGCUAAAUCUCAUGUGGUUUCUCUGACUGGGUGUACUAUCAUACACGCUGUCUGACAGAGCGAUAAAGGGUUACGUUACGAACGCCAAUGCAAAUCCCCUUGGAGGUUUUAUAUUGUGUCUCUGCUUCCAUAGCUUCCCAUUCUGUAUUCAACCCUAGUAGCUUUAGGUCUUGUGUUCGUGGACAUGCUGCAGGAAUCUUCUCAAAGGCAAAGAAAUCAUUUAGAUGAGAAAGGUGUGUUUGUUAAUGGUCUGUUGCAUAAUUGUGUUGGUUUACGUUCAGCACGGUUAUUAAAAUGCUGAAAUGAA